AUGUCAGGGCCCGAGCUGCCGGACGCGCCGACCACGCGAUCGCUCAAGCGCAAGGACUUCUCCAAGGACGACCAGGAUGAGUUGGAAGAGCUGGACAGGAUAUUCGAGCGCACCAAGGCUGUCGUGCCCCCGAAUCCCUACAUCCUGUCAACGCCCUCCAUGGACCCAUACCGAUACCACUCCCAGCAAGAAGCCCAUGCGUGGAUGUUGGGGCGCUUGUGGCGCCAUGAUGAGGAGCACAUGCAGUAUAGGACCUACCUUUACCGCGAACCCUGCCAGGAUUGUUUCGAGCUGCAAGCGGGAGAGGACGACGAGCCAGAGCCGGAGCCACAACAGCCAGAGCGCCCGAGGUCGCAAGCCUCGCAGGCGUCCAACACCGCAAGUCAAGCGCCCAAGAAGAAGAUCAGUCUGUCUGCCUAUAAGAACAAGCAGGCCAACGGCGUCCUCACACCAACACCCGGCUCCAAGCUAGCCUCGCCCAGCUCACUACCUUCAAAGCCGCCACCAGCGCAUGCAAACGGCGCAAAGGAGCCUGAGAAGCAGCAAGACUCCGUUCAGAAGACGGCAGUGUCAAGCUCACAGAAACAACCCACCGCCGAAAUCCACAACGGGCGCAAACCGCAAAACGACAGGCAAGGUAGCAACCGCUCUCAACUACCGCCGCGCCCUCCAGCCCCACCUACCAAGCCCACCGAUACCGACGAUGCGAGACCCAUCGACAAAUCGAGUCCUUCCAACUCCACACCUCACGGUCUGCCACCCAUGCUGUCGCCGGUACACGAGCCUUUGAGCAACCCAUACGGACUGCCCAGCAUUCUGUCGCCCACCCUGCCUUCCACUAUACAGGCAGAGCUGGACAGACUAGAGCAGCAGCGGUCACGAGCAGUCUCGAGCGCGUCCGCCUCUUCGACCGAACCCAAGAGCCAAACACUGUCAGUACCGAAAGAGAGGGAGCGACCGCAGCUUGCCGACAAAACUGUCAAGACCGAACAACGCAUACGAUCAGUAUCAGUGAGCGGAAAAUCGCCAUUCUUUGCUCCCACAGUUACAGUGGACGACAAACCCCCUUCCUUGAUAGUGAAAUUGAAGUUCUCAAAGGGCAAAGCGGCGACUGUGAAACAGGUACUUCGCUUACCCCCGAAGCGGCCUCUGCCAGAGAAGAAAGAGCGCCAGGACCCGCCGAAACAGUCUCCUGUCAAGAUCCGCACAAAGGUUGUCGAGGAACCCGGGCAGAAGAAAGCAAAGCCAACACCGAAGAUCGCUGCACGUCGACCCGACACAUCGACAACAUCCACAUCCACACCCACACCCACACCAACUCCCAGUGCCAAGCCUGCGGUCCCGGCCAUGAAGACUGCAGAGAAGCGGCCCAGGACCGACGAUGACGCGUCACUCGCAGUGCCGCUAAAACGACAAAGAGCGCUUUCUGCCCAGGAUCGGCCCAACACCCCAACACCGCAAGCCGCCUCAUCUCCUGCCUUGUCGAACAAGGCCAGCGCUCAGAAGAAUCUGGGGCAAUAUGUAACACCGAAGAAGGACCACAAGGCUGUAAACAUGCUCCGUACCGGCUCCUCUGAAAGUCAAGAUGCAACACCCGGUCGGUCAGGAGGCACUCCGGCGAGCUCCCGGCCUGAUGCACGAGUCGCGCCGACGUCUGCCCCUCUGACGGGGAAGAAACAAGCUGACAUUGCUCUGAUGGCGCAGACGUCCAUGAAGCUCAAUCAAAUGGGCCGCGCAUUGAAGCACGAAGCUACCAAGAUACUCACCGACAAGGGCAACAAGAUAACGAAGCAGGACGAGAAGCGAGCGGCGGUGACCAAUCUGGAGUGCAUACUCUCGUACAUGGCUGCUUACUAUGCCCAAGACCUCUCGCUCCACCUGCGUAACCGGGCUGGUGAAGUAGAACAGACGUGGAAAACGCUUCUGCCUUUGUGUCUGUCCUACGCCCGCUGCACCAAGGAUUUUGUGCAUCUCGACGGCCUACGCUCGUACCUCAGUUCCGUCAUUGCCUCGACCAUCUGCACGUGCGUUGCUCAGCGUUCGUCCAUGGCCAAAGCGCACGAUUCGCCUCAGGACGUCACACACGCCCAGCUCGCACGAGAACACACGUCUCUCGCGGAAAACUUUGCGCUGCUAUCGGACCACGCAAAGAAGAUGGUGGUGCACUACCAGGAAGCGAGGAUUGCACUUCCGGUCGAGGACAUCCAAACCAUGUACAAGAAGACAUGGGCCGGUCGAGAAGGCAAUGCAAAGCUGAUCAAAGAGCCGGAGAGGAUCAGCGGUGCGCGCAUGUCCGGGCCUUAUUUCCUGCCCAUUUCCAACGACACGACGCCCAUCCAGGCUGUGCGGUUCGGGUUGAAGUUUCUGGGGGAGUACUGCGAGAGAGAAGGACUGAACUACUCGCUGCGGGUCAACCUGAGCAAGCCCGAGUAA